GUUUGGAGUUUCGACAAUCGAGCAGCAAAGAAACAGCGUCGCGCACCUCGAUUUGCCGCAAUACCGCGGCCUUUUAAGAAGAGCGGGCGGGCGGGCGAGCGAGCGGAAUCCAGGCAAGUAGCAAAUCCAAUCCUUGCGUUCAACCCCAUCCGAUCCGAAUUCCACCGAUCUCGCCGAAGGCCCGAAGGCAUGAUUUUGAUGGAUGGAUGCUGCUUCAAAAGACACCUGCUUUUAGCUUUCAUGGGCUGUUGUUUGGGACUCCUAGGUGAUGUCGGAUCAAGUUUAGAAAGGACACUGAAGUCACCCUUCAAAAGGGAUCAGCCUUCAAGAGGUUGGAGAGGGCAAUGCUCAUCAAGCCUUAUAGAUAUGGAGAAUAAUGUCAACAGCCUUAGCUUGCUUGAUACACACCUACCUUCAAGUCCCACAUCUGUUUGUGAGGACACAAAAGUUGCAGUUGAGAAUACAAAAAAUGACUCCUUUGUUAACCAAGGCACUAUAGCUUGGAAUGAGAUGAGACGAGAAUGGUUAGGAGACAAUUCAAACAAAUGCCGCAAAAUACCAAGUGAACCAUCAAUAACCUGGUUCUCAACAUACGAUGACUUGCUAUCCACUAGUCGACCCUUCCCGCAGGCAAUUCCAUUAUCUGAAAUGGUUGAUUUUUUAGUUGACAUUUGGCAUGAUGAAGGUCUCUAUGACUAGCUGAUGAUUUAAUAUCUUCAGAAGCAAGGAAGCUUAUCUCACAUAACAACCAAAUUUGCCUUAAUAUAUUUGAAGAUUUUAUGUAAUAAUUUUAAUCUAUUUGGAUUCUAAGAUUCUGUUUUAAUGAUCAUUUUACUGUACAAAAUUUGCUCAUGGAACUUAUAUAUAUAUUAGUUUUGAUUUCCAAAUA